AUUAAAUAUAUGAUCAUUCUUUGGCUGUCUCCUUUCUGCUUGGUCCUAGCAUGAGUCUUCCUUGUGCUUGGCAGCAACUAAGCCUACGCUGCCUCGCUUGGACCCAGUUUUGUAAUGGUCUCUGAGGUCCAUAUUAAAUAGUUUUCACCUACAACAAUAACGAAUAGGAUCCUUUGUUCCUGCUUCCAUAUUCAAGGACCAGCUUCCUGAAGUGUACUACAUAAGUCUACUUACGUUCUUCUUGGCUUCCAUUCAACAACUUUUUUGUUUUUUUUUUUUAUCUCAAGACUAGAUAAUGAAAACCAGGAGAGGAAAGCGUUCAGAGGCCUUUUGGCCAUCCAUUGUGAUGAAGAAAUGGUUAAAUAUAAAGCCUCAGCUGUAUGAUUUUAGUGAAGAUGAAGUGGAAACUGAAACCGAGAGCGAAGAUGAUGCUUACUCUCUUAAGGAUACAAGAUUGCAUGAUGGUGUUGGUGAGGAUGAUAUGCAUAGAACCUUGGGGAGCCAAUCCACGUGCAGAAGUCAAAUAUCAGACACAACUCCUAAAGGCAAUCAAUUGAGACAUAGGAGAGGAAAAUCAGAAACCCUGCGUGCACAGUACAUAAAUACUAAGGAUGUAAGGGUGACAGUAGGUACUUGGAAUGUUGCUGGAAGGGCUCCAAGUGAUGAUCUUGAGAUUGAUGACUGGCUUUGUACAAAAGAGCCAGCGGAUAUAUACAUUAUUGGCUUCCAGGAGGUAGUCCCUCUAAAUGCUGGAAAUGUAUUAGGAGCAGAGGAUAGCACACCAAUUCCUAAAUGGGAAGCCAUCAUUAGGAAAACUUUGAACAAAUCUUUGGAGCCUGAAAGCAACCACAAGUGCUAUAGUGCCCCUCCUUCUCCUGUGUUAAGGACUUCUUCUGUUGUAGAUGUUCUUGCAGAUGAGAUAGAUGCUUUUCCUUUGGAAACAAUGCAUGACGGAUAUUCGGAGACUACCGAUGGUCCCGAGUUUAAAAGAGAUGAUAUAUAUAAAGAGGAUGAUACUGGAAAAAACCUACAGCUGUGGAGGAUAUGUGGAAUUGAUUGUGACAGUAGAUUAGACUGGCCUGAAUGUUCCUUGGAUGCAACCCCACAAAUUGUCUCCUUGAAUUCAAAAUUGAGGAGGGUCAUGAGCAGCUCUGCAAGAAUCGGUUUUAAUUUGACAGAGAAUCCAGCAUCAUAUAGUCCUCAAAAUACUGCCUUGAAUGUAAACACAUUGAAAAGGUUACACCAUAGCACUGUAAACCUACAGACAAUUUGGACGGAUAAGCAGCCGGAUUCUGAAGUUGUGGAUUCUUCAUCUGAUGUAUCUGAUGGAUUUUCUGAAGAGGAAGAUGAUAUCUUUCAGGAAUUACCAACAGAGAAUCAUGCAAAUGGAGUUGAAAACAAUAGAGCUAAGCCACAGUCUAAAUUUGUGCGAAUUGUCAGUAAGCAGAUGGUGGGUAUAUACAUGUCAGUCUGGGUGAGAAAGAGAUUGAGGAGCCGUAUAAACAAUUUGAAAGUCUCCCCAGUUGGUGUUGGACUAAUGGGCUACAUGGGAAACAAGGGAUCUGUUUCUGUCAGCAUGUCUCUUUUCCAAUCGCGGCUAUGCUUUGUUUGUUCUCAUCUGACAUCGGGUCAGAAGGAUGGAGCUGAACAGAGGCGUAAUGCUGAUGUACAUGAAAUAAUUCGGCGUACCCAUUUCUCGUCUAUCCUUGAAGUAGAUCAACCACGGACAAUUGCUUCUCAUGAUCAGAUAUUUUGGUUUGGGGAUUUGAACUAUCGCCUAAAUAUGUUGGAUGCUGAAGUGAGGAGACUUGUUGCUCUAAGGCGCUGGGAUGAGCUUAUCAACAAUGAUCAGCUAAGCGAAGAACUCCGAAGUGGGCAUGUAUUUGAUGGAUGGAAAGAGGGACUCAUAGACUUUCCACCCACCUACAAAUAUGAAAUGAACUCAGAUAGAUAUGUGGGUGAAAACCCUAAAGAAGGGGAGAAGAAGAGAUCUCCAGCAUGGUGUGACCGUAUACUUUGGAUGGGAAAAGGCAUAAGACAACUUACAUACCAGAGUGCAGAAAUAAAAAUCUCAGAUCAUCGACCAGUUAGUUCAAUAUUUCUAGUUGAAGUUGAAGUCUUGGAUCAUCGGAAGUUACAAAGGGCACUCAAUGCCAGCACAGCUGCUGUACAUCCUGAGGUUUUCCUCGACGAAGAUGGAGAUUUCGAAUCUUAACAGUUACAAGGGAUAGCUAAUCACUCUGAUAACUUAAAAGAGGAGCUCUCUUCUUCCAUACACGGGUUUUGAGAUACAGAUGACCAUGAGCUUACCAUACAAGAAAUAAAGAUCCAAGACUAGCUUGUGUUGGUUCUACAGGGAAUAAGCUAACUUGUAGAGGCUCCAGUCAAACAAUUGUGGUAUGCACUUAAAAUAACAGCAAUAAUAAUAAAUAUAUGGCUUAAUUCAUGGUGAGUGAAUGUAUAGAACACGAAAACUAUUUCUUUCUUUUUCCCUUUUCCCUCUUGCUAGGGCAUCCUAAUUUUGGUUUAACAACCAUGAUAACAUUGUCGGUCUGUGUAAAUUUUUUUAUAUAUAUUUAUUAAUAUAAAUUUUGGACUGUU